AAUUAUUCAGGCAAUGCGUAAGGGCUGCCCGAGCAGCGUCCCAGGACCCCGCAGAGCCAAGAUGGCUGCGCCCCGAGGAGCUGCCGGGGAGUUCGAGAGCUGGCUGGGGAGUCGGUUGGACGCGUUAGAGGUGGAUCGCGAUGUUUAUGGCGUGUACAUCCUCGGGGUGCUGCAGGAAGAAGAGAGCGAAGAGGAGAAGAUGGAUGCUCUCCGGGGCAUUCUCUCCGCGUUUCUGGAAGAAGAUGCGUUAGAAAACGUGUGCCGAGAAAUCGUUAAACACUGGACAGAGAGCAGCGCGCUGUCAGCAGCCGAGAACAAAUCUUCAGAUGAGCUGCAAGCGAUUGCCGACAUGAUUGAGAAACAGGCACAGAUCGUGGUCAAGCAGAGAGAAGUGUCGGAAGAGGAGAAGAAAAGGAAGCAGGCUCUUCUCGCCCAGUACAGCAACAUCACAGACGAUGAGGAUGAAGCUGCAGAAGAGGAGGAGACUGGAGCAGCUUCCACUUUUGACAGCAACAAAUCCCUGUUUAAGAACACCAACCUGGUAGACGUAAUGAAUGCAAAGAAGCAGGAGAGGGAAAAAGCCCGGGAAGACUCCCAGAAGAAGAGAGAGCAGGACAAGGUGCAGAGGGAGAAGGAUAAACUUGCCAAGCAGGAGAGGAAGGAGAAGGAAAAGAAGCGGACACAGAAAGGAGAACGGAAGAGAUAAGAAUCUGGCUUUUGGAUUUGAUCCUGAAUACAACGGCACAUUUUCUGUCAGGACGCAGCUGAGCUUUUAACUCCUUGGAUUUGUGUUUCAUUCAACCAAAAAAAAACAAUCCUGACCAAUUGCAUUUGCCUUCAGAGCUUAGGCUAUUUCGCCUGUUUUCAUUUUCCCAUUGGAGUUAGUAGUAAGCAAAAAAAAAACUUUGAUUGUUUGAAAUCUAUUAGGAAAUAAAGCAGAAAUACACAAAAGCCUUAAAACAUGCCAACAGAUAUUUAUUUAGGACAGCCAGUGACCCCAUAAAAGAAAUUAGUUGGAAAUCUGAAAAGGCUCUCUGUGCAUUUGGUUAAAGUGGUUUUGCAAUAAAAAACAUUGUGGUUUGUAUAUUGAAUAUUUAGAUAAUGGAAGGUUGUUUUUCCUCACCACUUUGAAAAUUCAAAUGAUUGGUAGUGAAAUGGAAAAUAGUUUUUUCCCAGAAAGUUAGUUUUUAAAAGCUCAGGUGAACUGGGGAGAACUGAACAGGUCAAAGACAACACAGGGGAGUUAAUACAGGUGAUAAAGUGGAAUAAGUUAAAAAUUAAUGCUGCUUUAUUUUGCUUACAUUUCAGUCAGUUUAUGGGUAAGGAAUAAUGCACAUCUGAAUUAGAACUUUUAGGUCUUGAAAGUGAUCAAUAUUUAUGUCAUCAAGUCAUGCUAAGUUUUCAGUUGAUUUCUUUAAAUUGUUAAAAAGGAUAGGUUUUAGAAUACCCUCAGAUCAAAUACUGUUACAUUUUCCAUGGUUUCUCUCAGUAGAUUGCUAUAUAAAGUUGGGAUGUUUGAUGUCCAGGCUCAAAUAAAUGAUUGGCUGAAAUAUUCAAAUUACAGAUAUCACCUGCAUAUCUUCUGGCUACUGAAUAUCUGCAAGGUCUCCAAAUCAGCUGCUGUAAUUACAACACAUUUGUGUUGUAUUGUAAAUACUUUAGAUAAUUUCUGCAAGCUUUUUUUAUUCACUAUGCCAAAAUUUGACUGAAAAGAAAUUUCAUACACCCAAAGAAAGAUUUAUCCCACCUGGAAGAGAAGAGUUUUUUGUUCAGAAAUCUUGCAUUUUUACAGAAGCGAAGUGUACGUUUACUGCUGUAAUUGAUAGGAAACACCUUAUGAUUUUGCAACAAUAUAUUAAAUUGGACACAUAAGGUUUUGGUUUAAACUUUUUUUAAAAUAAAGAUGUAAGUACUGGGAAGCUUUUGGUCUGUUCAUAUAAUAGCCUAAGUAUUAUUAUAGUCAUCAUUUAAGCACUAACCAAGGACAAAAUCAAUUUAAAGGUUCACGAAUGAAGAAAUAGCUGCACAUCAGACAUUAAUUUAUUGUAAAGCAUCCAUUAUAAUGCCAUUUUAUAUUUUUAGUAAAAAAUGUAUAAAGUAUUUUACUUAGCAUAUUAUCUUAAUCUAACAUUUUUGUAAUGAAAAUAGAGGGAGAGGUGUCAAGUUUUUUACUAUCAGUAGCUAGUAACAAGGGUCGUAGGUUUGGCAAUGUUAGUUUCAGCAUUAUUUGAUUUAAGCAAUUCUAGGACAAUUAAAGUCUCUGUGAACCUCAGUUAUACAUAUAGAAAAUCACUGAAUUGCAGACAUCCCUAGUGAAUGCUAACAAUUUAAAUAGACUAGACUAUUGACCCUGAGGGGCAUUUUUGCUUUUAAAUGUUUAUAUGGCUUUUGGGAAAAAAAAACACAUCCUUGGUCUUUCACUGUCUCUGUCUUUUUGAAUUUAAGAAGUCUGAUCUGCACUUCCAUCAAAAUAUACACAAUUCCUCAACUCUACUACCUCUGUUGCAAAGGUUUCCACAUGUAAGACACCACAAAUAUUUUGCAAAUGUCCAGAUUUACCAGGUUUCAUGAAUUAUGUUAUGAAGAAGAAGAGAUAUAAAAUAGCCAGUCCUCAACAGCAAAUUAGAAUGUUCUUUUACGUAAUGAAUUUAACAGACUGAUUUUCAAGGGUUUAAUUCCAAUGCAAACAUAUUUGCUUCCUGUGCUGUGACAGUUUUAUGUUCAAUAAAGGCAGCAAGAAACAAUGUA